AUGAAAAAUUUGGGUGUAAAUCAACUUAUUCCCCUAAUCAUAGUUUUAAAAGCAAAAGGAUUGCAAAGUAAGAAAGAAUCAAGCAUUUUGCAAAAAUUGAUUAUUUAUUCUUUUAGAAAAAAGACUAAAGGACAAACAUUUCAAAAAAGCGAUGUAUUGAAAUGGACUUGGGAAGAAUUUAAGCAAAAAACUUUCUUACAGUUUGAAAAAAAUGAACUAAAUCUGCUUGAAAAAUCAGUUCUGCUUCCAAAAGAUAUUGAUGACAGAAAAAAGUGGUUAAUUCAACAAUUUAAAAAAACCGGCAUGCUUUUUAUUGACGAAGAAAAAGAGAAGUCUCAACAGGGAUAG